AUGUCUGCUGGUAAAGGAAAGGUGGCUAAUACAAGGGGACAUGAGAUUUACACUAUGUUCGUUGACAAUAUUCCAUGGUCUAUGAGCCCGAAGGAUCUGCAUUACCUGUUUGUAAAAUUUGGAGUUGUUAGAGAUGUGUUUAUUCCGAAUAAGACUAGGAAAACAAGUAGAUCAAGGUUUGGUUUUGUUAGGUAUGGUUGCAGUAUUGCUGUAUCAGUGGCCAUCCAAAAGGCCAAUGGGUUGUGGUGUGAUGACAAAGCCAUUAAGGUGAAGGCAGCGGAGUUUGAAAGAAGGGCACCGGCAGAGAUUAGAGGAACAGCAGGUUUAAAACGGGUAAAGAACUUACUCGCUCCAACAGAUACAACCAUGUAUACAAGGCGUUCAGAAUUGGUAGAUAUUGGUGUUAAGUCUUAUGUUGAUGCUAUCCAAGGUGGGCUGUGUCGUAAGGUGGUGAAGCAUGAGAUUAUUGCCACUGAAGCAGGGAAUGGUUGGCUAUUUGACAGCCUUAUUGUGAAGUUGAAAAGUCAUCAUAUCUUCUCAGAGUUUCGGAUGACAGUAUUGGCUAAGGGGUCUGGUGAGGUUAUAGUAAGGAAAGGAGGUGGGGGAAGACAAGCCAUUGUAUCAUUUUCUUCUCGAGCUCACCUGGAGGAAAAUCAGUUACUGAUUCAGGAGUGUUGGAAGGAUUGGUGUGAAUCAGUAACAGAAUGGAAGAAAGGGGACUAUGUUGAGUAG